UGUGUCUUUUGAGAUUCUCAAAAUUUAAUUUCGUGGAUUAUCUGAACAUUCUUCCAAAUCAUAUCAUCCUAAUAUCGAGAAGUAAGUCACUGAAUAUAUAAAUUCGCAAUUUCUUCAGUUUGUUUUAUCCCAUGUAUAUAUCAUCUGUGAUUUACUCACAAAAAAGUCACGAAAGACGCAGUACACGAAUAUUCGCAAUUUGAUUUGAUGAUUGUAUUUAAGUUAGCCUUAAAAGAUGAAUAAUGAAUCCUAUAAAUUCUUGAAAGAAAUCGAUUGCAAACAAGGGGCUGUCAGAUCUGUGCGAUUUAGUGUUGACGGUUCUUACUGUGUAACGUGCGGAUCGGACAGAAAAUUAAAAUUAUGGAAUCCGUACAAAUCCGUUACAUUAAAAACGUAUGGUGGACAUGGUGACGAGGUUAUGGAUGCCUGUUCAUCCUGUGACAGCAGCCAAAUCGUGUCCUGUGGUUUGGAUAAAUCUGUAAUUCUCUGGGAUGUAGCAACUGGUACGCCUGUACGCCGUUUCAGAGGUCAUGCAGGUCCAGUUACAACAGUAAGAUUCAAUGAAGAAUCAUCGAUGAUAAUCUCUGGUUCUCGUGAUAACAGCGUUAGAUGUUGGGAUGCACGUUCCAAAGCGCAAGAAGCAGUACAGUCACUUAAUGAUGCCAAAGAUUCUAUUUCAAGUAUAAGAGUUUCAGAUCACGAAAUCUUGUCUGCUUCUUAUGAUGGCAAAGUACGUACUUACGAUAUACGUAUAGGAGAACUAUGUGCAGAUUAUAUGGGAGAUGCAAUUACAUGUGCCAGUUUUACCAGAGAUGGCCAAUGUUUAAUUGUCAGUUGUGCAGAUGAUUCAAUUAGAUUGAUUGAUAAAGAUUCGGGAGAACUACUUGGUGAAUUCAGAGGUCAUACUGGAAAAGAUCUUUGUCUGGAAUCGAGUGUAGAUUAUCAAGAUACAAAAAUUCUUUCGGGCUCGGCGGAUGGAAAGUUAUGGAUUUGGGAUCUUGUAUCUCAGAAAGUGAUUGCAAAACUCUCAGGAAUUAAACCAACUAAGUAUGCUACUGUAUCCAUAAGUGUUCAUCCACAGAAGAAUUGCUUUUUAGCCUCCAAUGGAUCUAAUGUUUUAAUGUGGAGUACCUCCUCUCAAACAGAUGAUGAAUAAUAUAUUUCUUUAUUUUUUCUUAAAAGAUUAAUCUUGGUAUUCUUUUUAUAAAUCAAAUUAUUAUUUAAUAUUACAAAAAGAAUUAAGCAGCGAAUAUUGUUAUUUACAUUAUAUAGUCUAAUAUACAUAUACAUCUGUACAAGAUCAAUUUUUAUAAUAUACAUUUUUAUAAAAACAAAUAUAUACUUUUAGAAAGUCAAAUAUUAAAGUUUACGAGAGGUAAACAAAUAAAAUUUCUAUUUGAUUAACAUGACAAAAAUUCCACGAUAUAACGCCUAAUGCAACAUGUAAGCGAGCGCAUGCGCAUUUUACGCGACUGUAAAAAAAUUUCAUGCUACGUAUCUGAUUUAUAAUUGUGCAUAUGAGUUGGGUUAAGCUGGGACGUCAGAGAGUGGGGAAUCUGCGCGCGCAGGUGGCGCGAUGUCGGUACGUCAAGAUUUGACCACUCGCCGCGCCGUGUGUCUCACUGGUCGACACAGUCUCGCCCGGAGAGCGAGAAAGAGAGAAGUUGAUGGCCGAUUGAACGCGACAGAGCGAAACGGCAGAGAGCGCGAAAGAAACCGGCUGAUUCACAGUAGUGGAUUGAAGAACGCGGAGUACGAACUUAUUUCGUGACAUUCUCUAUCGUCGGUAAAAAUCUAAAGUUAAAUAUAUUAAAACUUAUCGAAUACACACUACUGUCUUUAAUAAAGAAGUAAAAAAUAUAAAGAGAAAGUUCUCGCGCUUUGGGAGUUUUACGUUUUGAAGUAAGGAGCGGAGUGACACUAAAUUAUUAGCAAAAAUUGAAAAUAGAGAAAACUUUGAAGCAGAUUGCUUGAAGAUUUCCCUGAAGCCUCUGGACGCUUCGCAUGAUAAUCCACCACUGUCGAAUCGACAUAGGCGAGCAAGAAAGACAGGGAAAAGAGGGAGAAGGACAGAUAUAUCUCGUGAGACCCGCGAAGGUGGCUGCAUACGGGGCGGGCCGGUCAGUCUCGCCACUUUGCGGAAUAUUUUUCUUGCCGCGCAGUAACCGCAAAAAGGAGAGUGAGUGACAGAAAGAGCAAAGGCAAGCUUUGCCGGGAAAAUAUAAGGCGAACGAGGGAGAAAAAGAGCGAGUUUUUAAACUUUGCAGCUUCGCGAAUAUCUAUGUAACGAAGGCUACUUGACCGCGUGGUCUUGUGAGGUUCCAGC